AUCAGGAAGGCACUUUAAACUGCUUGACAGUGAGACUGAAGACCACUGUAAGGCCAAACAAUUUUCACCUACACCGACGAUGGAUAUAAAAAUGAUUUCACAUUUGCCUUUUCUCGUUCGUUCUUUAUAAAAACGAAGAAAUCGGAAGAAAAUCUGGUAAAAAUAAACCUCACUCACAUUGUGGAUUUCGCCGAUGCGUUGACGGUGUCGCGGAUUCAACGUUUUUUAAUUCAACAGCAGCAGCAUUCUACUUUUUGGACAGAACGUAUGGCAAGUUGCUUCCUUCCAACAACGGCUAGCAGCAAGGGAGCGAUGUGGUAGAUGUGCAACAGAAUAAAAAUCGAUAGGAACCACCGCUGCCAGAAUUGGGUCACACGAAAAAAGCAACGUACAGUUGUAAAUGUAGAUCACUAACAUGUCCUCCUCAACCGGAUGCGUUCGCGAAAUCGACGGUGAUCUGUUUGCCGCUCCCAAGGAUCACUCGUUGGCUCACUGCGUGGCAGCCGAUUUGAAGAUGGGUGCCGGAAUCGCUGUCCGCUUCAAGCAACUGUUCAAGCAGGAAGACAAACUCAAGGCACAGAAUGUUGGCGUGGGUGGUGUUGCGGUCCUUAAGGAUGACGCUCGCUUCGUGUACUAUUUGAUCACCAAAAAAACUUCCUACCAGAAGCCCACCUAUGACGAUCUGGCCAAAUCGUUGGAAGCCAUGCGCAAGCAUAUGAGUGAAAAUGGAGCGAAAAAGUUAGCCAUCCCUCGAAUUGGCUGCGGCAUCGAUGGUCUCGAGUGGGACAAAGUGAAAGGCAUCCUCAACAGCACAUUCGGAGGGGAAGGUAAUUUUGAGAUUGUAGUCUAUAAUUUCGUUCCUAAAUAGGAACUGGUUUUGAAUGAUUGUGUAACAUUUUUAAAAUUUAGGCAUCUCAUGUUCCUUAUACUGGUAGAUACUCGCGAAAUAUACCGUUUUCAUUGAUUGGGAA